UUCAAAGCUGAGGCGGUUUAUUGAAAUAUCUGGUUCUUGAAAAACCUGCAACCGAGUUCAUAUACACUUUACUCAAUCGAGCCCAUUUCUCCACAAACCAUCUCUUUUCCUGAUCGGAGCAAAGAAAUGAGUCCCAGCGGUUACAUAGCGGAAGUCACAUGCCUAUCUCCUAAUGCAACUGAAAAGAAUGUCCAUGAUUUCUUUGCUUUCUGUGGUGCGAUUGAACAUAUUGAUAUAGUCAGAGCUGGCGAAUAUGCUUCUACAGCAUAUGUAACAUUCAAAAACCCACAUGCUUUGGAAACUGCAGUCUUGCUCAGCGGAGCUACGAUUGUGGAUCAACCUGUUUGCAUAUCUCGUUGGGGCAAUUAUGGAGAUGACUAUAACAUUUGGAAUCUAACGUCAUGGAAGAUUGAAGAUGAAAGUGGUUCAAGUCAGUACGCUCAAGGACAACGGCAGUAUGUCCCCUCUGCUGGGGAAGCUGUGACCGUGGCUCAAGAUGUAGUCAAAACUAUGUUAUCCAAAGGAUAUGUACUAGGAAAAGGUGCAUUGGGGAAGGCAAAAGCCUUUGAUGAAUCUCAUCAAGUGUCAGCAACUGCAGUGGCUAAGGUUGCCGAGUUGGGCGAGAGAAUUGGUGUCACUGAUAAGAUCUGUACGGGGAUUGAAACGGUUAAGUCCGUGGAUCAGAGAUACCAUAUUUCAGACACGACUAAAUCAGCUGCAUCGGCUGCUGGGAGAACUGCUUUUUCUGCUGCAAAUGCCGUGGUUAAUAGUAGUUAUUUCUCCAAGGGAGCUCUUUGGAUGUCCGGUGCUCUAAGUCGAGCCGCUCAAGCUGCCGCCGAUUUGGGUAAUCGGGGUACUAACAAAUGAAGCUUUGGGGCUGACAAAGACGCAAUCAUGUUUUCUAUGUGGUUGAUAUAUAUCUCUUGUACUUGUAUACAAUGUUUGGUUGGUUGUAUUGGAAGGUACUGGACAUUAUUAAAAAAAAUAUUGAAAAUCUCAUCUAAUAUAUCGCCUUCUAAUGGCUAGUAUUGAGUA